UUGCCAAAAAGACAGGAAAGGGAUUGGAUGGUCAAAUAAAGAAACAUAUCAAUGACUUGAAAUAAGAAAAUACACUUUCUCCUAUCAUGACCUCUGUUGCAUUUCAAGACUCAUUCAAACAUCUUAUUAUAUAAUAAUAUCAUUACUUGUACACUUCAUACAUCUCACCUUCUGCAACAAAAACUUUAAGCCGAUAAUGGGUAUCAAAAACAACCCAGCCUUCAUGUUUUCGAUUUUCUUCCUCUUCUUCUUCUCUUUCAUCAACCAUCUCUCCCAUGGAGCUGACACCAUCUCUGCAAAUCAAUCUCUUUCUGGGGACCAGACCAUAACAUCUGCUGGUGGGAAUUUUAAACUGGGUUUCUACAAACCAGGUAAUUCCUCAUACUAUUACAUAUCCAUGUGGUACACCAAAGUAUCUACCCUAACAAUAGUUUGGGUAGCCAAUAGAGAUAAUCCCAUCUCUGAUAAGUAUUCCUCUGUACUCAAAAUCUUAGAUGGUAAUUUGGUGAUUUUAAAUGAAUCCCAAGCUCUGAUUUGGUCCACAAAUCAGAACUCUACCACUUCCAAUUUUGUGGUGGCUGUUCUUGGGGAUGAUGGGAAUUUGAUUUUGAGAGAUGGGUCUAAUUCAAAUCAACCAAUUUGGCAAAGUUUUGAUCACCCUGCUCACACUUGGUUGCCUGGUGCAAAGAUUGCUUACAAUAAGCUUACCAACACACACCAACGUUUAACUUCAUGGAAGAACUCAGAAGACCCUUCAACAGGACCGUAUUCUCUUAGUCUUGAUGCAAAUAAUAGUCAGUAUGUUAUAUUUUGGAAUGGGUCUAAACAGUAUUGGACUAGUGGUCCUUGGAAUGGGCAGAUUUUCAGCUUAGUACCUGAAAUGAGAGCUAAUUAUAUCUUUAAUUUUAGCUAUAACGACAACGAGAAUGAGAGUUACUUCACGUAUUCUCUGUAUAAUCCUUUAAUUAUUUCUAGAUUCAUUAUGGAUUUUUCGGGGCACGUCCAACAACUCACUUGGUUGGAAGGCACAAAGCAGUGGAAUUUGUUUUGGUCUCAGCCGAGACAGCAAUGUGAGGUUUAUAAUUUCUGUGGGCAAUAUGGAAUAUGCAAUAAUAUUAUACAACCCUUCUGUAAUUGUUUGGCGGGUUUCAAUCCUAAGUCGCUCAAUAAUAGGAAUUUGAGUGAUUAUACUGGGGGAUGUGUGAGGAGAACCGAGUUGCUGUGUGGGAAUACUACUGCUGCUAAUCAAGAGAAAGACAGGUUUUGGGAAAUUCCCAGCACGAGAUUGCCUGAAAAUCCUCAAUCUGUGGCUGUUGGCAGUGCCGCUGAAUGUGAAUCUUCUUGCUUGAAUAAUUGCUCUUGCACUGCUUAUGCUUAUGAUACUAAUGGGUGUUCAAUUUGGAUUGGGGAGCUUAUAAAUCUGGAAGAUGGUAGUGGAAACACUCUUUAUCUCAGACUUGCUGCUUCCGAGUUUCCAAAGCGUAAAAGUAAAAAGGGAAUUAUUAUUGGUGCUGUAGUGGGUUCAGUUGCAGCAGUAGUACUGCUAGGCCUUGUAUUUGUUGUUAUUUGGAAGUGGCAAAGGAGGUUGGUUGGAACAAAAGCACUAGAUGGUUCAUUAGUUGCAUUUGGAUACAAAGAUUUGCAAAAUGCAACCAAAAAUUUCUCGGAUAAAUUGGGGGGAGGAGGUUUUGGUUCUGUUUUUAAAGGGACAUUGCCUGAUUCAACUGUCAUAGCCGUGAAGAAGCUUGAAAGCUUCAGCCAAGGAGAGAAGCAAUUUCGGACAGAAGUCAGCACAAUUGGAACUGUCCAACAUGUCAAUCUUGUUCGGCUUCGUGGGUUCUGCUCUGAAGGAAAUAACAAGUUGUUGGUGUAUGAUUAUAUGCAGAAUGGUUCCUUGGAUUCCAAUCUUUUCCAUGAAAAGGAUGAAAAGGUUUUGGAUUGGAACACAAGGUACCAAAUUGCGUUGGGGACAGCUAGGGGCUUGGCUUAUCUCCACGAGAAGUGCAGGGACUGUAUCAUACACUGUGACAUAAAGCCAGAAAACAUUCUUUUGGACAAUGAAUUAUGUCCAAAAGUUGCAGAUUUUGGCCUAGCAAAGCUCAUUGGGCGAGAAUUCAGUAGGGUUCUGACAACCAUGAGGGGGACAAGAGGCUAUCUCGCACCAGAGUGGAUAUCAGGAGUAGCCAUAACAGCCAAAGCUGAUGUUUACAGCUACGGUAUGAUGCUUUUUGAACUUGUAUCAGGAAGGAGAAACUCUGAGCAAUCUGAAGACGGGAAAGUCAGAUUCUUCCCGACUUGGGCUGCAAGUGUGGUCAUAGAAGGAGGUGAUAUCCUUGACCUAUUAGACCUUAAGCUUGAGAGAAAUGCCGAUGCUGAAGAGCUAACAAGAAUUUGCAGAGUUGCUUGUUGGUGCAUCCAAGAUGAAGAAAACCAUAGGCCAACAAUGGGUCAGGUAGUUCAGAUCCUCGAGGGUCUUCUGGAUUUGACCCAGCUGCCUCCGUUUCCACGAUCUCUCCAAGUCUUUGAUGACAACAACGAAAAUAUAGUUUUCUUCACCGAUUCGUCCUCUUGCCAGAGUUCACAACCACCGGGCUAUCCUUCAAAUGCUUCCUCUCAGGCCAAGAGCACUCCAUCGCCAACAAGUAUCAACUCCUGAAGACAAAAAAAAGAACCAAAAACAGAAAGGAUUUGCCGAGUGCUUUUCUAUUUGCUUAAUUACAAAUAUAUUCUGCCUCUAUUUUUUUCUUUAUUUCUUUCUUUCUUCUUCUUCUUCUUCUUUCUUAUUUUUUAUUUUAUUUUAUUUUUUUUAUUUUGAAUAUGAAUGCCUGAAUGCACGAGAUAAGGCCUCCCUUUUGUUAGUAUUUGCAGCUUUACAGUAAGAUGCUUGUAUAUUUACUGUAGCAAUGGUUUUGCUGUCUGUUAAUGCAAUUGGUUUCUGGUUUUCCUAUA